GACAGAUAAGUACACUGAAUGAUACUGAACAGAAUGGUCGACGACGUCUUCGUGGCAGUGGAAGCUGAAAUGUUCGGUUCCUGUUGUUCUUACAGAGUUCCUGAUCCAGAUGGUCAGAAGGUUCACGGCCCGGUUGGCCGUUUGUUCAAGGGUUCCUGAGUCGGAGCUAUGCUUCAUGGCGGUGUUCCAGGACUAAGUUGUCAGUCUAGACAUCGCAGCAAGAAAGAGGAAGUGGAUCGUCCAGCAGCCUCAUUUAUAGCACCAGUCAACAGGAAAUGGGAGGAGGAAGGCGCAAGGGCUGCUGGGAGUUGUAGUUUUUUCAAAAAGUUAUAUUAAAUACAUUAUUUUAAUAAAAUUCUGCUAUGGGCAUUAAUAAAAGAAAGAUUAAUGCAAGAUACUCGCCUCCUGUCUUCAUAUAACUUAUAUUUUCCGUCACAUUAGCUAGGAAAAUCUCGAUUUAUAUCCUGUAUUAUACCCCAGAGCUGUACUCACUAUUCUGCUGGUGAGAUCACUGUGUACAUACAUUACAUUACUUAUCCUGUACUGAUCCUGAGUUAUAUAUCAGACAGGAGGCUCAUAUCUUGCAUUAAUCUUUCUUUAAUUAAUGCCCAUAGCAGAAAAAAUCUUUAUACAAACGUUUUUAAUAAAAUCUUUUAAAAAACUACAUAUCCCAGCAGUCCCCUGUGAACUCCUCCUCCUAUCCCAGCAUGCUGGCUGCUAUAUAAGGGACUGCUUGAAGAUCCUCUUCCUCUUUCUUUCUGCUCAUAGCAGACAGAUAAGUACCUAUAGUAUAUUUGUUUCUUAAAUCUCUUUUAUAUGUAUGUUUUCUCUGUUUGAGACAUUUCAUCUUUACUUAGUGUUAUAUCUACCAGUUGUUUAUAUAUAUUUAUAUAGAUAUAUAUAUAUUUCUUUUUAUAUAUUUUCUCUCUUUCGCUUCCUGUUAGUUGCGGUAUUGUUUUCUAAUACUAUCGUCUUUCGCUAUACUUUCGCAUCAGUGCUCAAAUAUAUUCUGUGCCGGGUGCGCUACUUUGUUCUUUUCUCCCUCUUCCUUACCCAGCGCCAUUUUGUGAAUUUUCGCGCCUUCUUCUUCCUUCCUUCCCGCCACUGACGGUCUGUUGCGGGGAGGGAGGAGAGGUGGGCGUAUCCUCUAUGACGUGCGCCGGGUGACGCGCGUUUGCCGACGCCGCACACCCAAUCACAGCGCUCCUGGUCGGAAAUCUCGCGAGAUUUCGGCUGGCCCUCGCUGUAACUUGUAUACGCCUCCUCUCUUCAUCGCAUUGUUGUGCGAGCGGUGAGAGGAACGCCAACGGUUGUUAGCUGUGCUUCUAAUAAGUCAGUCAGGUAGACCUAUUACCCUAUCCUUAUUACUAAUAGUCCUGCCUCACCUUGGUAUAGUCUAUACCUAUCGCUACUUGUAGCUUUCAGAUAGUCUGUGAUGGCAGGGGAUAACACUAAAGCUCCUUUCCCUGACAUGUCUUCUACUGCUGGUGAGGCAAUAGAGUUAGAAGCCUCCCACAUAAUGUCAGCUUCUCAAAUACAAGACCUUAUUAAUAGGUCCGUCCAGGCUGCAUUAGCCUCUGCGGCUCAUCCCUCUACUUCAGGGGAGAAACCUAAAAAAGGUAAAGCGCUGAGUAAGCGCAAACAUAUUGCUGGACACUCCGACUCCCCGGCAGGGGAAGAAAACAAUAUGCCCCAGACAGGACCUACCCCGGCCUGUCACACCCCGCAUGUUAAAGAAUAUGAUCGACCCUUGGGCCUCAAGGAGAAUAACCAUAAGAGGCAUAAGUCCACUAAUAGAGCAAAACCAAACUCUUUUGACACGUCCAAUGAUGAGUCUUCUGAAGCCUCUGAGGUGGCUGAGACCACAGACUCAGAAUCUGAUACAGAGGAGGCGGGGUUUAUGGCUGAAAAUUCUGACGCCACUCCGGAUAUACCAUCCGAGACACUUUUAGACUCACUUGGUCAACCAUUUUUCAGCCCGGAAGCAAUCACACACCCUCGCUCCGGAGAUUGGGCACCGUUACCGCAAGUCGCGGACUAUAUAGAAUUUUGGACCAGGAGGUCCCUGGAUAGAGCUAAUCGCAACAAAUUGCGAGCCGAAUGUCCCAGACCUUACGUGGCCAGAAAGGUGGCUUCUACACCGGAGAUAGACCCGGUCUUAGUAAAAUAUUUGACUCGCUCUGGCAAAUAUGCCAAAAAGGGAAUUGAAAGAUCUUUUAAGGUGAUCCAGGAUCGCAUAUUGGACCUCCUAGGCCCCUUGACCAAGAUUCUUAACCUUUCCGAACAGGCAGCGUCCACUGCCCAACCGGUGGAUCUGAUACAAUUGAGAGGCUGGGCCCAACGGGCAAUCUGCAUGUUAGGCAGUGCCAACACCACUUGUUCCAUUGAGCGCAGACGGUCUAUCCUGAUGAAAUUGGAACCCCAAUUAUCUCAUUUGGCAGAAACCGAGCCAGGUCCCUCAGCUGAAGGUCUUUUAUUCGGAGAGGACCUCAUAAAGAACAUAAAUAAAUUUGUGAGCCUUUUCACCAGCCUAGAUAAGGCCCAGUCCUCACUAAAAAAGGCGGGUCCAAACACAAAGGUUUUUGGCAAGGCCGGCAGGGGCAGAGGGCGACCUGUCGGCCGUUCGGCUCAAUACAGGCCCUACACUAGACCAGCCACUCAACCGUACGCUCCUACUCAGCAACCGUACGCAUUACCUGUGGCACAACCUGCUCCCUUCUUUCCCCCUCGUGGACGACCCUGGCGAGGACGUGGAGGCCGAGGAUUUCCCAGAUCUCGCCCGACGACCGGUGAGUACACUCCCAUCUCCCCUUCCAUACACGUUGGUGGGAGGCAGACUGAGGUAUUUUACCCACAUCUGGUCCGCGAUUACGGCAGAUGCUUGGAUCCUCAAUACGGUAGCAGGGUACCAGAUAGAUUUUCAAUCUCUUCCAAAAUUGAACAUUAUUCCACAUCCCAUUCGGUUUUCUUCCCUAAACGUAGAUCUCAUAGACAACGAGCUCCAAGAGCUUGUAUCGAAGCAGGCAGUGCAAGAGGUAGAUCCUCUCUCUCCCGGGUUUGUCAGCAACCUAUUCCUUGUCAAAAAGAAAGAUGGCGGCUAUCGCCCAGUGAUCAACCUACGGGACUUAAAUCAACAUGUGACUUACCAUCACUUCAAGAUGGAAGGGAUCCAUCUGUUGCGCGAUCUACUAUGGCCGGGCGACUGGCUAGUAAAGGUCGACUUAAAGGACGCGUAUCUCACCGUCCCCAUGCACCCGUCCUCCCAACCAUUCCUAAGAUUUCUAUGGAGGGAGCGAAUGUGGCAAUUCACUUGCCUACCAUUCGGGUUGUCAUCGGCCCCUUGGUGCUUCACCAAAUUACUCAAACCAGUAGUGGCAGCCCUCAGGAGCAGAGGGGUACGUUUGAUUAUCUAUCUGGACGAUUUGCUAAUCAUGGCAUAUUCCAGAAAACAGGCAUUGUUACACAGCCAAUGGACGGUGUCUUUGUUGGAGGAACUAGGGUUCCUGAUCAACAACAAGAAAUCAGUGCUGAGUCCUUCCCAGACGAUGGAGUUUCUAGGUUUCCAGGUGGAUACCGAGCAAGCCGUACUGCGUUUACCCAACGCCAAACUGUCCCUGAUUCGCAAAGAAAUCCGGGCAGUAUUGCGCAAGGGUCGGGUAUCGCUAAGAAUGAUAGCCCGAAUUGUUGGCCUACUGGCAGCCUCCAUUCAGGCGAUUUUUCCUGCCCCUCUCCAUUAUCGGGCCCUUCAAAGACUCAAAAUUCUUCAUCUUCGACAGGGUCUACGCUAUGCGGACGAAAUUCCCCUUUGUCCGGAAGCAGUAGCAGAGUUGCACUGGUGGCUGCGCCAUGCCAUCGAAUGGAACGGCAAAGCUAUAUUCACCUCCUGUCCAGAUGUUAUAAUAGAGUCGGAUGCGAGCCGCCACGGUUGGGGUGCUCGCUGUGGACAAGCCACAACAGGAGGCAGUUGGUCCGAAGAAGAAUCCCUUCUUCACAUCAACGCACUGGAACUCAUGGCGGCAUUUUUUGCCAUCAAGAGUUUUCUUCCGCACAAGUACAAUUGCUGCGUUCUGUUACGCAUGGACAAUGUAGCGGCAGUGCAAUAUGUCAAUCGCCUUGGUGGCACGAGAUCCAGAGUGUUGACGGACAUUGCAUCCGAAUUCUGGCAUUUCUGUCUUUCCCGGGACAUCAUCCCAGUGGCGGAAUACCUACCAGGUGUAUCCAAUUCAGUGGCGGAUUGGAAUUCCCGUUACCUAUCCGAUUCCAGCGACUGGAUGCUGGAUCGCUCGGUGUUUCGGGCGAUUCGAGAUCUCUGGGGCCCGUUGCAUACGGACCUUUUUGCGUCUCGUCUCAACCGUCAGUUACCCCGCUUUUACAGCUGGAGGCCGGACCCGGAAGCGUCAGCAGUGGACGCUUUUCGCCAACCUUGGCCGGAGGGGACCCAUUAUGCGUUUCCCCCCUUCCAGAUGAUUACCAGAGUGCUUCUUCAGAUAGUGACUCAGGGAGCGACGGUGGUGCUGAUCACCCCUUGGUGGCCGACGCAACCGUGGUUUCCCCUUCUGUUGGGAAUGUCUGUCGAUUACCCCCGAUUGCUUCCCCAGUCACCUCAACUUCUCACGAAUCCGACCAUGGAAUCCCAUCCGUUGGUCAUGGAAGGCAACCUUCCGCUCCUCGGGUGGUUGGUUUCGGGGUGCCAGACGCAGGUGAGGACCUUUCACAAUCAGCUAGAGACCUCCUCGCCUUGGCCUGGGCCCCAGGGACUAGAUCGGCAUAUCGAUCAGCCUGGGCCUUGUGGGUUCGUUGGUGUGAUCAACGACAAAUUGAUCCCGUUCAGGCACCUGUUUCAGUUGUAGUGAAUUAUUUAGCAGAAUCAUUUGAGGCUGGGAAAUCUUACAGUUCCCUUAAUGUUUACAGAUCCGCUAUAGCGGCGUAUCAUUGCCCGGUAGAUGCUUUACCGGUGGGCAAACAUCCUUUAGUGUGCCGACUGUUACGUGGAGUGAAAUUUAAACGUCCUCCUCGUCCUCGAUAUCAGUCGACCUGGGAUGUCUCCCGGAUUUUAGACAUGUUUUCCUCUUGGGAAGACAAUGAUUCACUGUCCUUGAAGAUUCUGUCAUUCAAAUUGACUAUGUUAUUAUGUCUGGUUUCCAUUAAGAGGGUAUCGGAUGUCAGAGCUCUCGACAUCUCUAGACGACAGUUUUCACCUGAAGGGGUCAGAUUUUCUGUUGUUCGUAGGACCAAGACAGGACUACAGUCGGUCUUUUACCCCUUUUUUCCGACGCAUCCCCGACUAUGCGUGGUACGUUGUCUUCAAGCGUAUGAGACACGCACAGCGUCUUUACGAUCUCUUUCUCAUACUCAAUUAUUAGUAUCUUAUGUUCAACCUCAUUUGCCUGUCACCUCGGCCACCUUGGCCAGGUGGGUAAGGUCGGCCAUGGAGAUGGCGGGGAUUGACAUUUCCCUAUUUGGUGCCCACUCUUCGAGAGGGGCUAUGGCCACUAAAGUAGUUAUUUCUGGUGGUUCUCUUUCAGACCUCUUAAUGGCCGCUGACUGGUCGUCUGAAUCGACUUUUCGACAAUUCUACUUCAGACCAAAAGAUCAUGUUUCUGUAUCGAUCCUCUGAUUUGUUUUAUUGUCUAUGUUUAAGUAGUAGCUUUAAAAUUGCAAGAUAUGAGCCUCCUGUCUGAUAUAUAAAUCGAGAUUUUCCUAGCUAACGUGACGGAAAAUAUAAGUUAUAUGAAGACAGGAGGCGAGUAUCUUCCCUCCCUACCCUCCCUGUUAUGGUGUUUUUGUUUCCCUUCCAGGGUAUUGAAAGGAGAAGACGAAGACAGCGGUGUUUCGGUGCAGCCUGAUAUGUUCUGUUGCAAUUGUUCCUUAACAGUUUCGUUCCCGGUUUUCGGUCCUGUUGGCCGGAGGUUCGGAGAUACCGAGGAGGAGCUGUCCCGGAUUCCGGCGUUCCGUGGUUCUGGUGACGGUCAUGCAGUUCGCAUAAAGAAAGAGGAAGAGGAUCUUCAAGCAGUCCCUUAUAUAGCAGCCAGCAUGCUGGGAUAGGAGGAGGAGUUCACAGGGGACUGCUGGGAUAUGUAGUUUUUUAAAAGAUUUUAUUAAAAACGUUUGUAUAAAGAUUUUUUCUGCUAUGGGCAUUAAUUAAAGAAAGAUUAA